UUCCAUCCCUGAAUCACAUCAGAACCAAAUUUCCUCUUUCGUAUCAGAAGUUGAAUCUUCUCUCGUUUAUCGUUACCCGUGUUCUUCAUUUAAUUCUCGUUUCAGCACAAGGUGGAAAUUCCAUUGUUAAAUUAAAGUAUUAAACCCAUCAAUGGAAUUCGCAUCUAUCUUAUGUUUGGUCUGGAAGAUUGAUAUUGAUAUAAGCCAAAAAAAUGGAGAUCGAUAAAGCGAUAAGAGAAUGUGAUGAUAUAAGGUUGAAGACAAAGUACAACAAUGCCAUCUACGUCAUCCAAAGGGCUCUAGCUCUUUACUCUGUUGAAGAGGUCGCUUUCAGCUUUAAUGGUGGAAAAGAUUCAACUGUUUUAUUGCACCUUCUUAGGGCAGGCUAUCAUUUGCACAAGUCUGGAAAGAAUCUGUCCACUGAAGAUGCUGAAUUAACAUUUCCGAUACGGACAAUUUAUUUUGAGACCAAAUCGACUUUCCAUGAAAUCAACUCAUUCACUUACGAAACAGCUUCUAUUUACAAAUUGUGGAUGGACAUCAGUCGCUUAGAUUUCAAGUCUGGCUUGGAAACUCUUUUAAAAGCUAAUCCUAUUAGAGCUAUUUUUCUUGGUGUCCGAAUUGGAGAUCCUACUGCUGUAGGGCAAGAGCAGUUCUCACCUAGCUCGCCCGGGUGGCCGCCUUUCAUGAGAGUGAAUCCCAUUUUGGAUUGGUCAUACAGAGAUAUUUGGGCCUUUCUCCUAACUUGCAAGGUUCAGUACUGCAGUCUUUACGAUCAAGGUUACACUUCAAUUGGUAGCAUUCACGACACAGUUCCCAAUGCACUGUUGUGCGAUAGCGAAGAAAAAUACAAACCUGCAUAUAUGCUUUCAGAUGGAAGACUUGAAAGAGCAGGGAGAGUUAAGAAGUUAACUUCUCAGCCAUUAUCUGCUGUUAGCAAUGGUUUGAAUCACGAUUAUUCACAUUCGAAAAGUAUGUUUACAGCCUCGGUUAUUGCUGUGGGAGAUGAAAUUCUGUCUGGCACUAUUGAGGAUCAGAUAGGAUUCGUAUUAUGCAGAAAACUCCAUUCGAUAAGCUGGUCCGUUUCACAUAUUGCUGUUGCUAGAAAUGAUAUUGAUUCUAUUGCAGAUGAAGUUGAGCGAAGAAAGUCUACUAAUGAUAUGGUUUUCAUAUAUGGAGGGGUUGGUCCAUUGCCUUCAGACGUAACUGUAGCUGGUGUUUCUAAAGCAUUUGGUGUCCGAAUGGCCCCGGAUGAAGAAUUUGAAGAAUAUUUGAGGCACCUCAUAGGCGAAAGGUGCACCGGAGAUAGGAAUGAGAUGGCUCAGUUGCCUGAAGGCAUUACGGAGUUGGUGCACCAUGAGAAACUGAGUGUGCCUCUCAUCAAGUGCAAAAAUGUGAUAAUUCUUACGGCAGCUAGUGUUGCUGAGCUGGAAAAUGAGUGGGAUUGCUUUAUUGACUUGAUGAGAUCAAAUGGGGUUUUAUUGACAACUGAACCAUUAAUCUCGAAGAAACUGGCAACAACUCUUCCCGAUGUGGAAAUUGCUCAACCUCUUUCAGAAAUUUGUCGACAAUUUCCCGAUCUCUACAUUGGGACUUAUCGCAAAUCAAGAGGAGGUUCGAUUAUCAUUACCUUCGAGGGAAAUGACAAAGCAAGAAUAGGAGCUGCUGCAGAAGCACUAUGCAAGAAGUUUCAUCCAGAGGCAUUGUCUGAAACUGAAUGACCACUAAAUGUUUGGGUAAAUUGCACUAGGCUCCCUUGUGGUUUGGCCUAAAUCCAUUUUAUUGGAUAUGGGAAAUUACAAACAAAACCCUCAUAUUUGGUUCCGUCCAACAUUUAACCCCUUCCAUUCGUUGACGUAACGAAAAAGUUGAUGAUAUCAACCAAAUAUAUUGUAUCGGAACUCUUUAUCUGCGCUCGAUAUUCUGUUUUUCUUCUUAUAGACAUUGUAGUGGGUUCUUAUGUAAACUCAACCUUUUGACUUUAUUUUUAUUUUGUAUAAUUUUAUUAAAGGUUGUUCUAUGAGAGAGAUUCGAACUCAA